AUGGACUCGUCUGAAAUCGAAAAGUUUUGCAGCAUAACUGGAGUUUCAAAGACAGAAGCGGAACACUUUUUAGAAGCUUUCAGUGGAGAUUGUGAUGAAGCUGUAAAGGCUUAUUUUGAUUCUGAUGAUACUGUACAUUCAAACAACUCACCACACGUUGAUCAGAUUUCACAAGCAUUUAAUGAUAGUUGCAGACAGGAGAAUACUUCUACACUGAUUAAAUCGACCCCAGUCAACAGGCCUAAGGUUGCAACUCUCAGCACCCUUACCAAUAAAAGUGAUGAUGAAUCAGAAGAAGGACAGGCUUUCUAUGUUGGUGGUUCCGAGACUGGAGGAGGUGGUCAACAAGUUCUUGGUCCUCCAAGACGUGAUCGCAACAAGCUGGUCCCUGAUCCUUCACAAUCUCCAGAUGUUUUCGUUCGUGAUCUUUUUCAAGCCGCUAAAGUUAAGGGCGCGGAGGUGUUAGAUUCAACACAAUACGAUGAAUACAAGAGUAAAUCCAGUAAACAGUUACCGUUCAGUGGCACUGGAUAUAAACUUGGAGAUGAUCCUAACUCUGCAACUGUGUUAGAGUCAGCUACUUCUAGUGGUCCCAGCACAAAAAAGGUCUCAGAACAGAGUGUUGUUGUAAAAAUGUGGCGUGAUGGUUUCAGUUUAGACAGUGGACCAUUGCGUUCGUAUACUGAUCCAGGAGCUUCUGAGUUUUUUAAUGCCAUACAAAGUGGUCAAAUCCCUCAGGAACUUUUAAGAUCUGCUGGCGGAAGUAUGGUUAACGUAAUGCUUGAAGAUCAUCAUCAUGAAGAAUGGCAUGCUCCUCCUACUCCUAAAAUUAAAGCUUUUGCUGGUACAGGGAAAAUGCUUGGUUCACCAAUUCCUGAAAUAGCUUCAAGAACUUCAGAACCCACUGUGAUUACAACAAAAGAACCUACUGUCAAAGUAGACAACUCUCAACCAAUAACGCAACUUCAAAUUCGGUUACCUGAUGGAUCAAGAGUUGUGAUUCGAUUGAAUAAUUCUCAUACCGUUGGUGAUGUCAGACGGGCAAUCAUUGGUGAAAGACCAGAUUUAGCAUCCAGCUCAUUCUCCAUAGUGACAUCUUAUCCAAGUCGUGAGUUAACUGACGAUACACAAACACUAGAGGAUGGUAGUCUUCUCAAUUCAACACUUUUGGUUCGACUCACAUGA